GAAGAGAUUUUCAUUUUGCAAAGGCUGUCAACACUGUUGUGGAUUCGCUUUUAGGGGCUUAAUUAGCCCCCGUGGCCGAUAUCAAAGUUGACAGCCAGGCAGAAAACUAAUCCGCUUUGCUACGUACCACUAAAUUGCAGAGUUGGAUCCACCUAUUCCCUAUCUAUCUAUUCUAUUCCAUUCCAUUCCAUCAUCCAUUUUGGAGGGGGAUAUGCCGUCAUUCGAGUGAUUUUGAUUUAAUCGUGGUGGCGACAUCAAAUCAGUAGUUGCCACAUCGCGAAGUGGACUGGCACGGCUAGAGAUAUAUAUCCGUGAUGUCCGCUCCGGCGGAAUCCACAAGAGUGGGCCUGGGAAAUGCGGCCAGUAUGGCGAAUCUGGCCAAGAUUGUCAAUCUCAUCGAAUCGAAUGUGAGGGCGGAGGAGGAGACAGAGGUGGGCGAGGAAACGGCCAAGGGAUCGAGUGGAACAGGAACCGGAACCGGAAGUGGCAGCAGCGUGCGUCUGGCCAGCAGCAGUGCUCCGCGGCGAAGUGCCUGUGCCACAUCAUAUGUCCCGAAAUCGCCGCAGCUGGAGGAGAUUGUCUUCGCCAAGCCCACGUGCACCGAACGAUUUGCCCGAUACUUCGUGAUCGUCAUCUACCUGUGCGGCCUCUGCUGCCUCGGAUUCUUCCUGUCCAUCUACCACAUCUUCUUCUGGGACUCCCGCAUGCCACCCGUCUAUAAGGGCCAAAAGAAAGGACCUGCCUUCGGCUAACGGAUGGGAGUUGUUCGACCACUUGAUUCACCAAAGCAAUCCCAACUAAGAAAAGCGUACUUUCAUUUUUGAUAAAAUUGUGAUACCCGAAAAAAUAGCCAUUCGCCUCCUGAACUCAUCGGAAGUGACCGCGGAGCAGUUCUACAAGCACAUCCUCGAGCAGUACCGCAUCCUCAGCC